CGCAGCCUGGCGUUGUGGAGCAGAGGGAAGACCCGAAAGGCUUCCCUGGUAUAGACAGGCCUACGACUUAAAACUCCGCUAGAGUUUGUUUUCCCUAGGUUUUCUUCUCUCCUUUUUGCUCGGUCCCAUGGCAACACUAGCAGUUUACAGGAUGGAGUGGAGAAUGGUCACUGUGUGUAUGCCUUGUUUCCUGGGUCCCCUGGAAGCAUGAGUCUGUUGGGACUUGGGACAAGAAGAAAACAAGAUAUCUUCACAAGGAAAAUCAGACACUGAAAAAACUACCCCAAAUUCUGAAGACAUAGAACACAAACAUGACUGACAGUGGAUUUAGGGAGCCUCAAGAGGACUCUCAAAAGGAUUUGGAAAAUGAUCUGUCAAUAAAUUCUCAGGCACAGAAGACCACAGUCACAGCAAGUACCAUUGAAGAAGCUCAGACUCCACGCCCUGCCUCUGGUCUUAACAAAGACCACCAAGAGAUAGAGACAAUAUAUCCAGGAAGUGCAGAUACAGUUGAUAAAUCAGAAAGUCCAGAUGAAACAAAUUUGGGGGACUAUCCACAGGAUAAAACAGAGCAUGAGAACAACCAGAGUUUUCAGGAUGGAGAACAAGGGCAUCACGUCCCUUCAGAAAGUCUGGGUGAAGAACCCUUGGAUCCAGAUCCUGACCAUUCUGCAAGUGAUAAGGAAGGAAGAGCAGACGCACACUUAGAGAGCAGCUCUGCAGCCCUCCCUGAGGAAGUGAGUGACAGAACUGGAGCUUCUCAGGAGCCAUCUGCUGCAAUAAUCCAGGAGGCCCAGAGUCCUGAUCAUUCCAGGGUGGGUCUAGAGAGCCAGGAUUCACUGAGGAGGCGACUGCUGCUACCAGAGGCUGAAAGUCGUCAACAAGAAACACAAAAAUUGGAAGAAAACAAAGAGAAUGCGCAAGACGUCAUAAUAAAGAUUAGUAAAAAGGCUUUUUGGAGCUAUGGCCUCAUCUUUCUUGGCUUCCUGGUUGUGGCUUUUGUGCUAAGUUAUGUUAAUAGCUACUGUUCAUUUCCAGCCCAGCAAGUACCCCAAAAUCCAGCUUUGGAGGCCUUCUUGGCUCAGUUCAGCCAGUUGAAGGAUAAAUUUCCAGGCCAGAGUUCCUUCUUGUGGCAGAGAGGACGUAAGUUUCUCCAGAAGCACCUCAAUGCUUCAAACCCUACUGAGCCAGCCACGAUCAUAUUUACAGCAGCUCGAGAGGGGAGAGAGACCCUGAAGUGCCUGAGCCACCACGUUGCAGAUGCCUAUGCCUCUUCCCAGAAAGUCUCUGCCAUUCAGAUUGAUGGGGCUGGAAGAACCUUGCAGGACAGUGACACAGUCAAGCUGUUGGUUGACAUGGAACUGAGCUAUGGAUUUGGGAAUGGCCAGAAGGCUGCCGUGGUACACAACUUUGAGUCCCUUCCUGCAGGCUCUACCUUGAUCUUCUACAAGUAUUGUGAUCAUGAGAACGCUGCCUUUAAAGAUGUGGCCCUGGUUCUGACCGUUCUAUUAGAGGAGGAAACAUUAGAAGCAAGUGUAGGCCCCAGGGAAACUGAAGAAAAAGUGAGGGAUUUACUCUGGGCCAAGUUUACCAACACAGACACUCCCAGCUCCUUCAACCGCAUGGACUCAGACAAACUGAGUGGGCUCUGGAGCCGCAUUUCCCACCUGGUCCUGCCUGUCCAGCCAGUGAGGAACAUAGAGGAACGGGGGUGCCUUUUUAAAAGCUAAGCUCAGAGUUGAUUAUAGAGGGCACAGGCUUAUGAAAAAGAUUAAAGGCCUUCCAUUCAUGAGGAAAGAGGUUGAUAAAUGUGAAGAAAUAGCCUGAAAAGCACAAAUGAACUUACGUUAGAAAAAAAGUUUUCAUUUUUUACUUUCUGUAAAAUCUUUCUAAUCAUCUAAGCCUUGACAAAGCUAAGAAUUGAUGACUUUUUUUCUUUGCCUUUACAAGCAAAUCAGAUUUGAAAUAUAGCAUGGUAUCUAUAACUGAGGAAUAUUUUAAAUUCCAAAAUACAGCAACAAAAUCAUUGCACAGGAAGAUAUUCCUACUUCUCAGAGUAACUAUAAAGUGAUUUUUGUUUUCUUGAGUGAGACUCUAAAGAAACUUUUAGGUAGUGUUUGAAAUCGGACAAAAGUAAUUACAAUUAUGAAGCAAUGAUAAAUUUUAGAAAACUUUUCAAUCACAUGUUAAGUUUUUAAAGCUCACUUUAAUAAUGUUGUGGGAUUAUAUCCUAUUUGCAGUUUUGAGUAGUAUGAAAAAAGAAAAUAUAAAUUUAAACCAUCGAAUACUUAACCUAAAUACUUACCAUAUGUAAGGCACUGUGCUUUUUUUCCGUUAAUGAGCUGAGGUAAGAGCAGCUGUACUCCAAAAAUGUUCUGGGCCAGGUGUGGUGGCUCAUGCCUGUCAUCCUAGCACUUAUGGAGGCCAAGGCAGGAGGAUUGCUUGGACUUUGAUCAUGAUCCUGGAAUGUUUCAAUUAAGUUUUGGCUUCUCUGUUUCUAUGAUAAAUAUGUAUAUGUAUAUAUUUUUUUUCUUAAGUCAUGUGAUUAAAGUAUGGAAGGAUUUUAGGAAACACUAAGAAGAUAUCAGGAUCUUUAUUGAUAUCUAAAAAGAUUACAAAAACAUGGGGAAGAAUCUAUUUGAAAAUAUCUGCCACAGGAAAAACACAUGAAUCUGUUCUAACCAAAGCCUUAUGUUGUGCUCAAUUGAGUGUAGGGGCUUACCUGAAGGAACAAUUUGCAUUUGGGACAUUAACAAGAUCUUACAGUUUAUUUCAGAAAAGACCCAAACACAAAACAUAGUGAAUGUACUAAAUAAUAUCAGUGUCAAUCCAAUAUAAAAUCUGAGGAAAUUGAAGGAAAAUCUACAUACCGUAUUUGAUUUUUUUCUGUAUUUCUGGAUCUUAGAUGCUAGCAUUACAUCACACAAAACCAAUGGUGCCUUGUGGAACUGUUAUGUUGGCCUGCUACCUGUGCUACCUCAGAUCUAUAAAGGAACCGGUAUGAAGUGCAUGUAUCUAAUCUCUGUGAGUGACUCAGACCACAGUUGAAACAAAGAUUUUUAUUCUUCCUUCAGUUGAAUAUGAUUUUUCAUCAUUUACUUUCAAUAUAAUUUAGAAAAAUAAAGUUCUAAAAGUCACAAUUCCUUUUUUUAAACUGUUUAUCCUUUUUAAAAACACUUUUCCUUCCAUGUAUAAGUGCAAUCAACUAAGACUGUUUUCAGUUUUCUGUCCACUAUUUCAAAAAUAAUUUUAAAAAGCAGUGUAUUCUGUGUCUUUUUAUUAAUAAAAUUAUUUUUAAAGCAUAAACUAUAUAUUUUAUAAAUGUACAAAAAAUUCAAAUCUAAUAUAUUCUCUUAGGUUAAUUUCUAUUCGAUUGUUUCUAUUUUUUACAUUUUUCCAGUUUUCAAGUUUUCUUUUGUGUAGCUAGUAGUUUUUCAUUAUUGGAACAGGUAAUUUGCUUACUUAGAAAAUAUUUUGUGGGCAUACAAUAUUAUAAAUGAUAACUAAACAUCACCACUUAAUUACUGUCACAGAACAACUUUCAUUACAUUAUACAUAAAUAUAAAUGACUUCUUGAGUAACACCAGAAUUGUAGAAGCAAAUGGCAGAAUCAGAAACUGUCUUUAGACUUGCUUUUUUUCCCUUAGAGUAAAUUUUAGGUUUUCUGUUUGGUUUCCAGAGAUUGACGGAGAAGUUCCAGGGGGUUCAUAUUACUAAAGAUAGUGAUGCUAAUUUGUUUCUGUUUCUAUUUUUUAAAUCAAUCAAUAAAGUAAUACAUUUCAUUUGGAAGCCUCCCAGCUUAUGGUAGUUAAGUAAGGCCUAGCGUGCCUGUGACUCACCAACCUCUCAGCUAAUGAAUCGGCUAAAUAGUGCUUGCCACGGAGAUGAUUUUGACCCUUUAAAUAGCUUUUAAUUGUUUGAUUUAUGCUUUUAUCUGUUGAAGACAGGAAGCAUAAAGAGCAUUGAUGUUAAAAUGCAACAGAUAUGGCAUGUGAAAGUGAAUCAUUUAAUGGGAAUAAGGCUUGUCCAUGCACAGUUUAUUUGUAGAGAAAUACUUUCAAAUAGCAGCAUGAAACUUUUUUAAACAUGAAACCUUUUAUUAUUUGUUGUUAAACCAGUACAUCUUUAUAAAGACCUUAAUAUUUUAUAAAAGCAGUUUUUAUGUGUUUUUCAAGUUGAAUAUAUGGUUAAAGGCUAAUCUUCAUUUUUAUGUCCCUUCACCAAUCUGAGUGUAUUUCAUUUUAAAAUUUAUUUGUUGAGAACUCAUGGUGGUUUUGGUUUUGGUUCAAAAUCAAGUACCUUGAACACUCUCACUUGUUCAAUGGGAAAAUUUAUGCUUAUCUUUAAUGGGAAAUGCUUGUUGUGAAUAAUAUAUUUGCGAAGAUGAUGUUACCGGUUACAAAAGACUAAAUAAAGUUAGAUAUUCAUGUAAAAUUUCUCCACGUGACUUUAAAAUAAGCCUUAUUUUUAUUUAUGUCAAGUUUUAAAUACUAGGUUGCAAAAUACCUAAUGAUGUGGGCUUAAAUUUGCCUUAUUCUGACUGAGGCUGGGCUGUUAAAACUCUUUUCCAACUAAUAUACUGCCCUAUAACUUCUGAAUCUAUACAGCAAAGUGCACUAGCCCAAUUCAAAUGGCCUGAGAACACAGCAUCCUCUAAUCUGCAAAGACAUAAAUAAUUUAGGCUUCAAUGCUUUUCCUUCUAGUAUUACCUGCAUUUUCUGUGUCAGCUUGCUUUGAAGUCUUCAAAAAUCCAUAAAUUGGUUCUUGUAUUGGGAAGUGGUCUCUCACUUUUCCUCAAUGAGGCUCAUAAACUAAAUUUGGAGUUCAGACUUAGGAAGCUUAGUGACAUUGCAUUAAGUGGGUGUUGUGCUUGCCUCCCCUGCCCACAGCACUCACAGCCUGCCUUCCCCCCAGCCCAAAUGAGGCCUUGACCUCCUGCCAACAGUUUCUCCUGAUUCAUCAGAGAUCACAUGAAAUUUAAACCUGUUUGCCAUCCCUGUCACAAAAGAAAGAAGCAGUACACUGCCUUUCAACCCCAACUGCAUUUUGCUUGUUUGUACUUAAAAAAAUAAAUGGGCUUUGCCAGUGUUAAUGUCAGACUUCUUGGCAUUCCAUUUCUAUGUAACUGUGAUUGCUUUUGCAUUUGUUUCUUAGGGAUGUUGAAGAAUGUGCCUUAUUCAGAUUAGCUGUCUGGUUAUUACCAAAAUAAAUCUUAAUCUUUCUCAGCUGA